AUGGCCGGGAUACAGACUCACCACCGAGGAGACGGCGCUGGAGGCGAAGAGCUGACCUCUUGUCCGUAUCCUGGCGACAAAGGUUUCGUCAGCCCUUCAAACUCGACACAAGGGGGCCUCCCCUUCUCAAACAGACUGGUCAACUGCCAGGAAUGUGGACGGCUGUUCUCCAACUCGCUAGACCUCGCACUGCACCAAAGAAUUCACAUGGGGGAGAAACUCUUCAGCUGCGCCCAGUGUGACAAGCAGUUCCUCCACCUGCACCAGCUCAAGACCCACCAGAGAAUACACGCCAGGGAGAAACCCUUUAGCUGUUCCCAAUGCGGGAAGCGCUUCUCCCAGUCCAGCCACAUCAAGAGACACAUGAGUGUUCACACAGGAGAAAAGCGGUUUGGCUGCAGCGUAUGCGGCAAGAGGUUUUCACAAUCCUGUAGCCUCAAAGUGCACCAGAGCGUCCACACCGGAGAGAGACCGUUCAGCUGCACUCAGUGCGGGAAGAGUUUCUCUGUGCUCGGGAACCUAAUGAGGCACCAGAGUGUCCACAGUAGAACGCAGGAUUAA